CGCGAUCGCAUCGCGGACGAGUCGCCGCGCUUCGCGGCUUCCGAACGCGCCACGUCGAGGAAGUAAUUCGGGGCUAGGGAACGUCGUGUUCGUCGCGGGCUUCGGGAAUCCCGUCCUCUCGCGUAGGGAUUCGGCCGAAGCGUGGUCGAGGCGGGACAGGAUGCACGCGCUCUCCCGCAUUUUGUUCCGCGAAAACGAGGCUUGGCGAGAGCUUUCUCACGAUAGCGCGGCUAUUCGUCGAGAAUUCGAGGCGUAAAAAUUCGCGCAGUUAGCAGUCGACGUUCUAUAUAGGCAAAUAGGUAGCGAUAUAGCAAUAUAGAGUGUAAUAUAGGCGGAGAAUAUAGCGAGCGAGAUAUAUAUCGACCGAUUAUUCGAUCUCGAGAGGGGGACGCCGUUCAUUUUGGCGGCCACGUGUUUCUUGUCGCUGCCGGCCUUUUGUGUGCACGCCAAGCCGUUGGAUUGAAUAACCUUUGCCGUUUACACUCAUGAGUCUUACAUCAAAAAUGGAAUCUAUGGAUAUAGCGGCAGAGCCUCCUAUCCUGAAUAAAGAUAUCAGCGAAUCAUCCUGCAAGGGAUCUGUAUCCGUUGAUGAUAUGACUUCGAGAGACUAUUACUUUGAUUCCUAUGCUCACUAUGGAAUACAUGAAGAAAUGCUAAAGGAUGAAGUACGCACUGUGACUUAUCGUAAUUCAAUGUAUCAUAACAAACAUCUCUUCAAAGGGAAAAUUGUACUCGAUAUCGGUUGUGGCACCGGUAUUCUCUCCAUGUUUGCAGCUAAGGCUGGUGCAGCUAAAGUCAUUGGUAUCGAGUGCUCUAAUAUCGUCGAGUAUGCAGAGAAAAUUGUAGAAGCAAAUAAUCUGUCCAAUGUUAUAACGAUACUUAAAGGAAAAGUCGAAGAAGUCUCAUUGCCCGAUGGAAUAGAGAAGGUUGAUAUAAUAAUAUCCGAAUGGAUGGGGUAUUGUUUGUUUUAUGAAUCCAUGUUAGAUACAGUGCUCUUUGCCAGAGAUAAGUGGCUCCGUGAAGAUGGUAUGCUCUUUCCUGACAAGGCGACCUUGUUUAUUUGUGGAAUUGAAGACCGGCAAUACAAGGACGAGAAGAUUAAUUGGUGGGAUGAUGUGUACGGAUUCGACAUGAGUAGCAUAAGGAAAGUGGCGAUUAGCGAGCCUCUAGUGGAUGUUGUUGAUCCCAAGCAAGUCGUUACAAAUGCAUGCCUAAUCAAAGAAGUUGAUCUUUACACAGUGACAAAGGCAGAUCUCGAGUUUUCAUCGCCGUUUACUCUGCAAGUUCGUAGAAACGACUACGUUCAAGCUCUAGUUACAUUCUUCAACAUCGAAUUCACCAAGUGCCACAAACGUAUUGGCUUCAGUACUGCACCAGAAGUGCCAUAUACGCAUUGGAAGCAGACUGUCUUCUACUUUGACGAAUACAUGACAGUGAAGAAAGGGGAGGAAAUUUAUGGCGUAUUUUCGAUGAGGCCCAAUGCCAGAAAUUAUAGAGAUCUAGAUUUCAGUAUCGAGUUGGACUUUAAAGGGGAGUUGUGUCAAGUACAUGAAACUAAUAACUAUCGCAUGCGCUGAUAUUCAGUGGAUUGUGCGUCCGUCUCCCCUUUUUUUUUAUAGCUCAUGAGAAAUCAUUUAAUCAAACCGCGAUGGAGUCGAUUCUCUACUAAUUAUGCAAUUAUAAACGAUCGCAAUUAUAAAUAUUGGUAUCGAUGCAUGCGUCGAUAAUUAAUGAUGGUACAUGAGCUGUCAGUCUUGCAAAUCUUUAAUUUUAAAGAAUACGAGAUGAUGCUUCCUGAUUAGACGUUUAAUGUAAUGACUUUUAUAGACAUUCUAUUCUAUAAACGUGUAAAUCUGGAUAAUU